GUUGGCAAGUUCAAAAGACCACCGUACAGUUGUAAAAAGUUCUGCCGAAAUGCCGGGGAAAAUUGCCCUGAAUCCCCUUCCUCCGGGCACGAAACAGCCUGGUUUGGCACAGUCUUUGUUGUACAGUGGAAGCAGAUUUCAGGGGCACCAAAAAAGUAAGGGAAAUCGUUACGACGUCGAAGUUGUGUUGAAGCACGUAGAUCAAGAAAAGGGGUUUCUGUGUGGAUAUUUGAAAAUAAAGGGUCUAACAGAUGAAUAUCCUAAUCUUACGACAUUUUUUGAUGGCGAAAUUAUUGGAGAAAAACAUCCCUUUUUGACAAGAAAAUGGGAUGCUGAUGAAGAUGUUGACAGAAAACACUGGGGCAAAUUUCUGGCAUUUUACCAGUUUGCAAAAACAUUCAACUCAGAUAGUUUUGAUUACAACCAACUGGACAACCUAGACUUUGUUUUCAUGAGAUGGAAGGAACACUUCUUAGUUCCAGAUCACACCAUCACAGAUAUAACUGGGGCAUCAUUUGCAGGCUUCUAUUACGUAUGUCUACAGAAAUCAGCUGCUACCAUUGAAGGUUACUACUAUCACCGAAGCUCAGAAUGGUUCCAGUCAUUAAAUCUUGUCCAUGUUCCUGAUCACAGUCAACCCAUUUAUGAAUUCAGAUGAUAGUGAACUUUGUGUUCUGCUUCUCCAGAAAGAUUUUUUAGACGUAUUAUUGGAUUUACAUUAGAUUGUUUUAUGCUUUUCACAAGGUUUAAAGCUCAAGUCAAGCAAGCUCAACAGAGGUUAACCAAAAAUGAGAUUAGGCUUUAGAUUUUACCUGCCAAUAGCAUAGUCAUGGGUUUAUGCUACGUUCCUAUACAGUGAUUAGUUAUUAAGAGGAGAAAGUAUUUCCUGACAAUUCUCACGUCGUGAUCCAAAUGAUGAUAUAUUGAAGGAAUGUUUAAGUUAUGUUACAUGUACGUCCUUAUUUAAUCACUGAGAUGAUUUUGUAUGAAAGUAGAACUGAGAAAACAUUAUUGAUGCGACAAAUCAAGUUAUGGAUUGUAAUUUUGUUUUUGGUUCAAGAAGCUAAGCUCUAAAUUAUUCUAGAUGCAUUUGCCUGGUAUUGUAGGGGAAUCGUUGUUUACAGUAUUUGCCUUCAGCCUGAUCAAGCUACAAAAAUAUCAACUCUUGAGUUUUGAAAGGGCAUGGUAUGAUGAACUGCCCCCUCUCCCUCACAAAAAAGAAACUUCUAGUUAGUUUUUAUAAAGGAUUGAUGGGCUCAUUAAGGCUUUUACCAACCAGAAAUUUUGCAGUGUCUGGAAGCCAAUACUUCUUCAACAGUACAUCCAAAGAGAAGAAAAUUCUAUUACUCCGAUUUUUCAAUAAGUCAGUUUCAUAAGCUCUUACGAUGUUUGGAGUCAAAGGAGGCAAUAUGUAAACAAUGACACCUGCAAAGAUUCGCCCAUUUGCUGUUUUUUCUUUUUUUGUGGCUGCUAAAAUAAUGCAGUCAUUUAUUGGAUGAGAGGUAGUGCAGUGUCCUUAUGAUAAAUAUGCAGGACUAUGGAUGGAGACAUUACAGUUUGACUCCUAGCUGUGGGGUCUUUUUGGUUUGUUCUUGGCAAGACACACACUCUGCCUCUCUUUCUACCCCAGCCUGGGAAUAUAAAAUAAUUAAUGGUUUACAACAGAAGCCCAAAGUUAUAGACUCCUGGUCCUGGAUUUAUCAUUUCAGAGACAGCCUAUCAAAACAUGGCUGAAUAUGUGCACCUAAUGUGCAUCUAGGCUUGGCUGGAUAAAUAUUUUAUUCAGUUAUUUUUACAGUCAUUAUUGAUAGAUGUAAUUAUUGUGCUACCAGUGGCUCAUGAUUUUGAAUGAAGGUCCAGUUAGAACAAAAACUGCAGGCUUUUCCCUGUGAUCUUAGGUGAGGAUACCAGAAAAAUGUUUUAACAGCCUUCUGAAUGGUUCACAAGAUUAAAAUUUGAAAAAAAAAAAGAGAGUUGGUAAGAUGGUAGGCUGAAAAAUUAAGUUUGUCGUACAUUUUACCCAGGUUUCAGAGAUUUUAAAUUUCCUCAUUUCCACCAGGGCAUGGCUCCAAUGUGAUCAAGAGAAAAAAAUCCCCUUGGACUAGGGUAGAGAGAGUUACACAAUUUAAAAUAUUCUUUAGUAAACUGUUAAUUGGUUAGUGCAGUGACUACUGUCCAUCCAAUAUUGUUGCCAAGUGAUAUCUAUGAUUGCCAUGGUCACACUGACACACAUGGGAGAUUAUAGCAAUAAAACUGGGCUACUCUUGUAAAAUAAAGUUAUAACUUACUUA